CCAUGAACCCUGUUUCCUUAAUCGAUCAUCUGCCCUCUUGGUGAUUCGUUCUUUCCUAUCUUCGUCAACUUCAAGAAAAGCAAACAUGGAGCACGAUCCAGAGCGAGAGUACUCUGUUCUCACUAGGGACGAUCUCAACGAGAAGAUGAACAAACAGAUCGAUGAUCUCUCCGAGAUCUUCUUGCUCUCAAAACCCGCUGCGACCGUACUCCUCAUGAAUCUCCAGUGGGACUCGCAACGCGUUUCGGAGCGUUUGAGCGAAGACAAGGAGAAGCUGUUGAUGCGAUCGGGUUUGAUAACCGAUUCGAACUAUAACGAUAGCUUCUUCUCCGUGGAGAAAAACCUAGCUAUGCUAACGUUGGAGGCUAAAGGCAUGCACAACGAGUACGUUCUCAGAUCUUUCCUGGAACAAAACAAGGGUUUGACGAUCAGACGUUGUCCUUCGCCGGGUUGCGGUUACUUCAUCGAGUUUCACCGAGACAUUUAUUUUGACGAGUAUGGUCUAAACGUUGUGUGUCUAUGUGGUCAUACCUUUUGCGGGAGGUGCAGCCUUGAGUCGCACAGACCUGUGACGUGCAACAACGCUUCUGAUUGGUUGAGAGACUUGGGGAAGUUAUCAGAGUCGCUGAGCGUUUCUUGGAUCGAAAGUAACACGAAGCCUUGCCCUCAUUGCCAGUUUCCUAUAGAGGUUGGUUCUCGUUCAAGGCUGUUCCGGUUUGUGGAAUGUCUCUACUGCAGUGGUCGUUUAUGUAGCGAGUGUAUGCAGACAGUGGAGUCCCACAAAACGGCAGACGGAUACUAUGGAGCCUGUGUUGGACCGUUGCUACCACAACUCGCGAACGGACCAGAAGCGGUUGUCGUUACGUGUGUGGAUCGAUGGGAGGCGAGUGAUGUCGCAAUGGUGGAAGCCAAGUCCGAGCUAGAAUCUUUCGACGAAUCCCACUUCACUAGCCAAGAGUACAUACGGAACAUGAGAGAAGGCUUGAUGCUGAUUGUUCAAUGCCGACAGUUUCUCAAGUGGAGCUGUGUGUACGACCACGUCCACACCGAGUACCAAGCCUCUAAGAGGGAGUACUUGCGGUUCUUGCAAGAUUUUGCGAGCACGCUCGUGCAGAGUUACUCGGAGACGCUGAAGGAGGAGACCGUGAAGGCCUUUUCUGCGACUACUUAUGAAGAGACUAUUUACCCCAAGUGGAAGGUAGCCAACGCGACGAGCAGUAUUGGUAACUUCUUUUUUCACUUCAGUAAGACUUUGGAAGAUGGGAUAGAUGACGUGAAGGUGAAGUCUUAUGACAACUUUGGUGGUCCUUAUUGGCUUUGUGAUCGUUGUACCUCUGGGAACACGUGGCUUGAUAUGAGGUGUAAGAUGUGCUGUGCUAGUGCAACUCCUGUGGAGAAGAAGCUGAGAGAUUUAUCUAUUAACUAGGUUUCUUUUAAAAGGAAAAUAAAUGAUUUAGGAGGCAUGGUUUUUUUUUUGCUUUGUUUUUAAUCUCUUUUACCAUGUUUUGAAACUUUACAUUAUGUUUAAUAAAUAAUUGUUUUCCAUCAAUGCAAGAAUCAAUAGAAACAGAGCAAACUGUUAUGCACUGUGUGCAUAACCAACCAAAUAGUAAUUUCUUAU